AUGCCUAUGGAUCUGGGGGUCAUCGCUAAGACGAAGGUCGUCUACAGGAAGGAGCUGCUCGAUGUGAAGGCAUCAACCAUGUUGGUGGCUGACACACUUCGCGCACAGGCCAAAGCCCGCAAGAUGAAGGCCGGUACAAUGGGGCUGGCGCAAGGGCACCAACCUCAUGUACGGGACGCGGCUGAACUUCUCCAGAAAGCAUGGGCCAGCGUCACCCCCCAGGAUAUUGCCAGGUGCUUCGUCAAAGCCGAGACGCUUCCAGAGGACAUGGCGGCGGAGCUCACCAAGCAACACGGAAAGACCCGGUUCGACAUCGCCGAGCCUGACCUGAAGGCUCUCACGGAGACUGUCAACACGUUGAGCACGAGCGUGAGCGACGCGCAGAAGCAGGGAUCCGCCGUCGUAGAUGACGAGAUCGCCGAACUGCUGGCAGAACUCAACAUCGAGCCUGGACAGCCGCUCGGGGGGCAAGCGGUGAGCGCAAUUCAGGGAUGGGCUACCAUCGAGGACGAUGCUGAGGUGGUAGAGGCUCUUCGGCUGGACGCGGCGGACGACAUGGCGGCAUUGCUAGCUGGAGCGCGCAUUUCUUCCGGCUGCGAUGAGGAAGAUGAAACGGAAGAUGGCGGUGGCGGUGAGAACACGGGGCGCGAGCGCCGUGCUCCACCGGCUUAUAGUGAGCUGUCACCUCACUUCGGCGUCCUGGAAUCGGCAGCAGAUGAGAGUGGCAAUGGAGACGCGGCGUUCCAUCUGCAGAAAGCAAAAAUGGCGAUGAUCGCAGCGCAUGCCGCUGAGCGGGUGCGCCAGGCAGACAUGAGAGAGUUUGUCGAGACGUAGUGAAGGCGGCGGGUGUACGUGGUUGUUUUUUUUCCUUUGCAGUCAGCUUCCUAUGCGCCUUUCUCGUUUCUUUUUGUUUUUUUUCCCGCAACAUCGCAGCGGGUGCGCCGGGCAGUCAUAAGGGAGUUUGUCACGACGUUAGCAAGGGUGCGGGGUGCAUGCUUGCUUGAUUUUUCUUUGCAGUGACCUUCCUGCAUGUUUUUCUCUCUUUUUUACUUGUGUUUUUUUUUCUUGCAACAUAGCAGCCGGUGCGGCAGGGGUCAGAUAAAUUGGCACGACGGAGUGAGCUUGCGCCUGGCUGGUUGUGUGUGUGUUGGUUCUUGCUAACUCGAAGCCAGGUACGAGCAACCUCCUCUGUGUGUUGUCGAAGAUGGACUGCGCUUCUGCACAAGCCCACCAUGCCAUGCACAACAUACUACUGCUGCCGUUUACCUGUCGCCGUCCUUCCACGUCUACCUGUCCAUGACAUAUGCUGCCACUUGAUGCGGCAACAUCUGGGAACAUCUGGGAACAACACGGACACAGGGAGUAUCCCCGUGCCCAUACGCACAACCUCUCAUUCCUCCCUUGUCAAACACAAAUGAUGUAACAUGCAUGAAAUGAUGAACCCUGUAUAUACUUACAAGUAUGGUCCACGCUGCCUACAAAUGGGAGAGGUAGCCAUACCUCCUGCCUACACACGGACGAGAGAGGUGAACACACCCACUGCAUUUAACACACACCCACAUGUCGGUGAUGAAACCUCAUCAACCACACGCCUCUAUCGGCGACCACGUCAUCAGGAGGCAAUGAUGAGAAAUGUUCUCCCGUGCCCUUCUCACAUUUAACGACAUGAAAUUCCACAGCAUAACAUAUAUGAGACACACAAGACAGCUACCAAAUUGAUCUUUUGAGCCUGUCAUCCGAGAGUUAUCCCUAUAUGCUGUCUAGUAAAUCGUAGACAUACAGGUAGUUUUCUCUGACCCUAUGAUUCCAUUGUUAAUCUGUCUCUGACUCUUUUCUAUGAUAGAGAUGGACUCGUUGUGUCAUAUUAAGANUACUCCGCACAUAUGCAUACCAAACUGAGAAUAUGUUUGUAAACUGAUGGGACUGCAUGUCCUACAACUAACAGGGUGCGACACACAAAACGCCCGACUGCCCAACAGUACCCAACACCUUUCGUCUGCACCUUCCCAACAUAACAUAUAUGAGACACACAAGACAGCUAUCUAACUGAUUUGUUGAGCCUGUUACCCACAGGCGAGAUGUCCCUAUAUGCU